CUUCUCUUUUCCUUCCGCGUACAGCAUGCGAAACGACGAGCUUGACCGGCUGAAUCACCAGCUCGACGCCCUCCAAGGAAUGGUGUUCAUGCAGACAGACCAACUGGCGGUUGUCAGUGAGGAGAAAAAGUUCCAUCCCCUCACCGCCCCGCUGCCGAGGCCCCUGCUGAAGGUACCGUCCCGCGAAGCUGCUGCUGCCAGAGAGGAACCCGGGAGCGUCGAAGACAAGAAGCAGCAGACACAGGUGAAUCCUCCCUUGAUUAAUGGCAGAAGGUGUUCAUUGCUGUGCAUGGUUGCCUGAUGCCUGCAGGUGCCGUUUCCCUUUUCGUCCUAUCCCCCUUACGCAUCGAUUGCCCCGAGUGUGUGCAGUGGUCAUUCGGAGGAGCUGGAGAAGCUGCGGCGGCUCGCUGAGGUGCAGGAGUCACAACUAAAUGCACUCAGACACACACUCAGGUCAGAAAGAGAAGAGACCCAUUCGACCCAUGCACCUCUGUGUGUGCGUGUGCUGCGCUGCCCAGGCGUCGUGAGGCUGAGAUUUCGUCAAUGUACGACUCCCACCGUGCUGCUCGCGAGGACACCUCAGAGACGCAGACGCAGCAGGACAAGCGGCAAACACCUCCUGCUGCCACAACUGUCGAUGAAGACACACAGAAGCAAAUCGACAGCAUGCAGGUGCGCCGGUCGUUCCGAUCUCACUGUGUCUGCGCCCUCUGGAUGUCUGGAUGUCAGCAUGAGAUUGACAAGAGGGACCGGAUCAUCAGCUUUCUCCACAAAGACAUGCAGGAGCUCCGAUCCGCCAAUGAGACACUCUCUCAGGAGAUGCAUGCCGCCAGACCAGCAGCGAGAGACGCCGGCGCUAAGGAGGACAACGGGAGACAGGACGGGACUGUGCCGUCUCUUGUGGUUGUGAACAACCCGCAAAAUCCUGCGACGCAGGUGUGGACGGAAGAGCGUGCUGCCGAUCGGUGUCUCGGUCCCUUGUCUGCUCUCUGCAUGUUGUCUCUGCUCUGCUAGUGGGUGGUGGUUGAUGGGGUCAACAUCGAUGUGGAUCUCAAGGACGAUACCUCAAGGGUGACCUUCCUCCUUGGCCAUCUCCACCAAGCCAUCGACAAAUUCUGCCGCUCGCAGACCCUCAUACACCAGCUGGAGGCAGCAACCGCGACGAAAGACAACGAGCUGGCAGCCACGCGGUGAGAAGGAAGAGGGCAGAGACACAUUCACGUCGAGAGAGACAUGGUGUGCUGUGGUUCUGUGUGUGGACAGUAAAGCCAUCAGAGAGCUGGAGGCACAGGUGGAGUCCGCAAGGAAACAGCUGGAAGACGAGCGCCUCGAGCGCACACUAGUGGUCAGCCAAGCCAACUUGCAAAAAAUGCUCACCACCUCUCCCUCUCCCCUCUCCCCCUCUGUCUUUAGGACCGUGAACUGCUAGAGGCCCGGAAGCGUCUCACAGAGAGCGACAACGUGGCCUACAACAGGACCCGCGAACUCAAGCUGGAACUGGAGCGGGAGAGGCGGGGGCAGGUGCAGGAGCUGGAGAGCCUCUACGCCGCCAAGAGAGAGGAGGCCGACAGGGAGCGGGCGGCAAGGGCGGAUAUCGCAUCCGGCCUGGAGCAGGCACAGCUGCAGGUGAGUGACCUGAGCUCCUCACUGCAGCUCGAGAGGGCCAAGGUCAAGUCGUUGGAGGAGCAGAUCGGUCGCUUGCAGUACUGGGCGGCGCACAACAGACAGGUAUCUGGCGUGCUGUGCGUGUGGUGGGACAAACGGCCCUGUGUUGUAUCCCAAUGGCCUGAUCAGGUUUUGGCAUUUGCCGGGUUCGAAGAGACGGAGUCAGCGCUCAGACACCAGCUCAGAUCCACAAUGGUAAGCGAUGCUGAACUGCACCUUGCCCUGUCCGACCGACAAGGCUCAGACAGGCAGGCAGCCAGGCGUCCGUGUCUGAUGCAUCAAUGCUGUGUGUUGUGUAGGCUGAGUGCGAGACCCUGAGGGACCAGCUGCAGAACAGCCGCAGGUCCCCCAUGUCGCCCGUGUCCGUGUGCUCCUCUCCAAUGCCAGCAGCUGCCUCGCCCAGCAGCAGUGAUGCAUUACACCGGCCCUCGCCCUCCCACGCCCUCUCUCUCGCGUCGCCAUACCGCGCACACGAGACACAUCGACCCAUCCCGUCGCUUGCCACACACGGCGCGCCCUUCCUCUACCGCACCGCCCCUCCGACGGCCUCUGCUCGUGACAUCAAGGUAUGUGGUGUGUGAGACACGGAGGCCAAGGAAGCUUGAAGCGUGUGGGUUGGUGGCUGUGUUGCUGCCUGCAGGCGUGGCGUGCAGAGCUUUCGACCAGUGCGGAGCCGCCUACGUUUCGAGAGGGACAGCGGGCGAUGGACUAUUGAAUGGCUGACUCCCGCCAGUUCUGAUGCCAUAUGCCAUGUGGUG